AUGGACCGUGACGAAUCAGGAUGCCUGGAAGUGGAGACGAAAGUCGUUCGCGCAAGGGACUGGGAGCGUAGUCGGAGUCCUCCACCGGAAUCAGCAGCACAGCGAACACCCAAAGAAGUCCUGCACCAAAUCAUCCUCCUCCUCCGGCCCUCCUUCAGCGUGCACCACCAGUCCAACCUCGGUAUCUGGGUCUUCAACGCGCGCCAAUAUGAUUUCUCCGUCUACCUCUCCAACAUGCGCGCGUUCCUCCUCUUGAGGCUGGUUUCGAGGACGUGGAACUACGUCGUCGCUGCGAUCGCGUAUAGGGAGUUUGUCAUUCCUACGAGGUUCCCUGCGAAUAAGAGUAGUCCGAGGGGGAAGGCCGUUCGGCAGGGUGGGUCCUUGGCGUCGGGGAGUUCGUGGUCGAUAUCGGCUGGCGUUAAUACGCCUAGUGGGAGGGUGACCAAGACCAUCCCGUGCAAGGGCGCAGUUACGGUCAGGAAGCUGGUGUCGUUCCUCAACGCCCUCCCUCACCCAUCCCCAUCCUCGAACUCAUCGUCGUCGGAUUCAAACUCGACUCUCCAAUGCAGUCUCCCGACCAACAUCCGCUCCCUCAUCCUCUUCGACUUCUGCCACCCCUUCGGGCCCAACAGCUACUCCCACCAACAACAACUCAUGAACUCCAUCAUCUCGAAAUUCGCCAACUCCGAUAUCCGCUCGUUGCAUUGUUAUGGGCGGGAGGCGUACGCUUUUCCGCGAGGGAAUUGGGUCAAGGACAACCUCCCCCGCCUACCGAGUACGAUUGAGAAUCUGUCGUUUGACGCGGUGGAUAGGAGGACAAUCUCGUAUGGCCUCCUGACGCUAGGUCCCUACAUCAAGUCGUUGGAGAUCAGGAACCGCUCGAGGAUUUCGGACUUCGAUUACUUCGGGAACCCCGGGGAGGUAUUCGAGUUGCCGGAGGAGAUGCCACACUUGAAGACGCUGAGACUGGCGAACGUCUCUGCGACGGUGGACGAGUUCAGGCGGAUCUUCCAGAAGAUUGGUGGCAAGAAGGGUGGGACACCUGGGAAGGGUGGAGGUGGAGUUUGGACGUCGACUCUUCAGAGUCUUACGGCUGUUCAGCUUUUUGCGUUGAACGAUGAGCCGCCGGCGCUUACUGCCCCGUUGACGGACCAGGAUUUCCUUAAUCUCAUUUCGAUUCACGGGAUCUCGUUGAUGCUCACGCAUCUCUGGAUCGAACCUGGUGUCCCGUACGCGUCUGAAUUCUUCAGCAUUUGGAGGCCAGAGGUCGUCACCGAGAUCGUCAAACACUGUCCUCGCCUCAUCACUUUCGGAUAUACAUCCUACAUCGACGAAACCCUCGUCGACCAUCUCCCCAGCGGGCUGAAACGGCUCUCUUUGGCGUUGCGACCCGCUCUCAGGUUGGUUACCGCGAAUAGCUACUUGCAGUCAUACGGGAGGUUUACCGAGUUCGUGGAAAGGAUGUUGGAGAAGGGUGAAGUGAAAUUGGACAGUUUCACAGUUCUGUUGAACGGACAGCUGCAGCAAAACCCGGGGUUUUGGAGGAUGUCGUUCGAAGAGGUUGGAGAGUUGUUCGAGGUUGGCAAGGCGGAGCUGGAGGCGAGAUGUAAGAGUAGCGGGAUCGACCUGUCAUUCGAGAUGGUGUAA